CUCAGAUGGUCGCCUUUCCAGUGGACAUAUGAGCUUCCAAAUGCUGUGUAUGUAGUGUAAUGUUAAUUCAUUAAUGAGUGUGCGCUGUUAUCUUUCGCCUGUUUAAGUAAGAACCUCCACAAACCGGGGAGUUGUAUUGUCUCUAGCAUAUGUGCAAUUAAAAUAGGCUACGUAGCUAAUUUAGCUUCCAAAACGGAAAGAAUAAGAACACUUCAAAGCUGUGAUAGCACGCUUUAAAACCGUCUUGUAGGGGUGAAAUGAGUAUGCAUUUCAUGUUGUAAUGCAUAAUAUUAUUUAUAUUGCCUAUCUGGCUUGUUAAGUCAGGGAAAUUAUAGGCUAUCCUUUGUUUCCAAUCGCACCGCUAACGUUAAAUUGAUUGGUUGCCUGGAAGGCUCGGGUAGCUGCAGAGAAAAUGGAUGAAAAUGCCGAAAAUGUUGACAACGACGACAUUGUCAUCAUCGUGGAGAACGAGGCAGAAAGUUUGCCGGCCGAGGAAGAGAGGUUGAAGCAGCAAGGCACUUUCGGGCUGAUGGACACUUGUCCGAUCUGCAAGUUGAGCUUCCAUAACAGAGAGCCCAAACUCCUGCCGUGUCUUCACUCUUUCUGCAAGAGGUGUCUCCCUGCUCCCUUCAGGAGCUCUGACCCGAGGCGUGACUCGCAAGGACAAGUUGACAACAACAAAUCACUGGGUGCCAUUCGGUGUCCAGAGUGCAGACAGGAAUGCUGGGAGAUGGACGUGUUGGAUAAUUUCUUUGUCAAGGACUCCGCUGAGGUACCGAGCAGCACCGUAGAGAAAACCACCCAGCUGUGUAUGAGCUGCGAUGACAACACAGAGGCAACAGGUUACUGCGUGGAGUGUGUGGAGUUUCUGUGUGUGACAUGUGUUGAGGCGCACCAAAGGGUCAAGUUCACCAGGGAUCACACCAUACGCCAGAAGGAGGAGAUGUCCCCAGGUAAAGCAGUAGGUAUUUCCACGCAGAAGCCUGUGUUUUGUGACAUCCACAAGCAGGAGCCACUGAAGCUGUUUUGUGAGACGUGUGACCGACUCACCUGUCGAGACUGUCAGCUGCUGAAGCACAAGGAUCACAACUACCAGUUUUUGGAGGAUGCGUACAGGAACCACAGGCAGUAUCUGGAGAACAUGACACAGCAGUUGCAAGAGAAAAGAAAGGCCAUCGAGGACGUUUCCAGCUGUAUCCGCACUGGACUUCAGCAAGUUGAAGAAAACCGCAAGGCUGUAACUAAUGAAAUAAAGAAGUCCAUCUGUAACUUGAUUAUGGAGAUCAACAGGAAGGGAAAGAUUCUCGUUAACCAGCUUGAGGCUCUGACCAAGGACCAUGAGUUGGGUUUGAAAAAGCAGCAAGAGGAUGUCAACUCUCUGAGCAGGCACCUAGACCAUGUCAUCAACUUUACCAAAUGGGCUACAGCUAGCCAUAGUGGAACAGCCCUCCUGUACUGCAAGAGACUGAUCCUUUUUCAGAUCCAUUACCUGAUGAGAGCGAGCUGUAAUCCCUCCAUCGUCCCUCAGAGUUCUGUUCGCUUUCAGUGUCGUUCUGGUUUCUGGGCCACGAACGUAGACCUUGGUUCUCUGGUAGUAGAAAGGGGUCCGGGUCGACCGCCUAUAACCAACCACCAGGCAGGACCCAGACCAGAGGCAAACACUGGAGGUCUCUCAGCCUCAGCACUUACAGCAGCUCAGCAGCGACAGAGCACGCUGGCUCAGCUCCAGAUGCAGGUGGACAAACUUUCCCAGCAGCCCCACAGGCAGCCCCCUCCCAACCACUGGUCCUGGUACCAAAAUGUCAGGCUCCCAGGACCCCCCGGCCCUCCACCCCCAACCAGACCCAUUCAUGGAGGGACCUCCCCUUCCCAAGGCCCCCCCAGCCUGGGACAGCCGGUACGCAGAUAUGGCUCCCACCCCAACCCGAGAAGCCCCACAUCAUCCAUGCUGCACAACACAGGAUUCCCACCUGCUCAGUCUCUGAGAGAUCUGAUCCAUAGCUCCAGCUUCCCUCCUAAACCCAUGGAUGUGUUGCAGGGUACGUCCCGCUACCCACAGCCUCUGUCGGCUGGAGCAGCUACACAGACGUCACUACACCAGCGGGGCCUAACGGAGCCCUCCUUCCUGAAGAGGAGUGAGCCAGGUGGAUCAGUCCCCUCCAUCACCAUCUCUAUCCCCAAACCCAGCUUCGUUCCUAGUCUCGCUUCAGCAAGUGCAGACAAAACCAGUGCGAUUAAUCACAUAACAGUUCAAGCAAGGCAGAACUCCCCGAUGGCCAAACCAUCUUCUUCAGACAGAAGCACGGGGACCUCUUCCUGGAAGCCGACUUUUGAGCCUCCACCUGCCCCCUCAGCCAAGCGACGAAGAAGGUCGUCCCCUGGGCCCGUUAUCGUCAUAAAGGAUGAACCAGAGGACGAGGAUGAAGUUCGCUUUGUGCAGUCCAGUGUAGGGUCCAGCCUGCCGGACAGCAGCACCGGGGCUCAGUCAAAGCCUCGGCAGCAGCAAAAGGUGUCUGCCCCAGUCCCGGCCCCCGGAUCAGAGUCGAAAGAGCAGCGUCCCCAGCCCACAGUGCAGCCGGAGUCUGAAAAGAGAGCGGAGCCGGAGGAAGAUCCUAAUGAGGACUGGUGCGCUGUCUGUCAGAACGGGGGGGAGCUGCUCUGUUGCGACAAGUGCCCCAAAGUUUUUCAUCUGGCCUGCCACAUUCCCACUCUGAAUGAGUCCCCCAGUGGCGAGUGGUUCUGUUCAUUCUGCCGAGACGUCGUAUCUCCUGAGAUGGAGUACGUCUGUGACAGCAAGGAUGACCCUGUCUGUGAAGGGUUCCCACCUGUUGAUAGAAGGAGGUGUGAGAGGUUGCUUCUACGUCUGUUCUGCAAUGACUUCAGCACGGAUUUUCAGCAGCCUGCUUCUCCAUCAGAGACAAGAAGGUACAAAGAGCUGAUCAAGACUCCAAUGGAUUUGUCAAUAGUGAAGAGGAAGCUGGAGUUGAAGGAGGGUGAAUGUUACAGUAGCCCAGAGGAGUUUGUCGCGGACGUCAGGCUCAUAUUUUUCAACUGCGCAAAGUACUACAAGGUGACCUCAGAAGUGGGGAGUGCAGGCUUGUACUUGGAGGACUACUUUGAGGAACAGUUGAAACAAGUCUACCCAGAUAGGGUCUUCCCCGGAGGGAGGGAGGAACAGAUGAUCCCUCCUUUGGAGGACGAGAUAGAUGAAGAAGAAGAGGAGGAGAUGAUGGAGGAAGGCAUGGCUCCCGUUGAAGACGAUAAACCACAGAGUCCUGCAGGAGAAGGAAUCCCCCCCGUAGAAGAGGACUUGCCUCCUCUGGAAGAAACGACAGGCCCUAUAGAGGAAGAGAAGCCAGAAACAGAGGAGAAGGUGACUGAUUCAAGUGAAAAGGAGAUGGAUGGAAAGGUAGCGGCCACGGAGGGAGGCGUGCCUCCUGCAGAGGAGGUAGAGCAGGACGAGAACACUCCUGUGCAGGAGAUGAGAAGCUCUUCAGCCGCUGAUGGGGAAACAAAAGAUGGUGAAGCUCCCAGCUCCCCGAAAGAGGAGAACCCUCAGCUCCCUACAGACAAGACAGUAGAGCCACCUGAAACCCAGGAAGAGUCAGCUCCUGCAGGCACAGCCAAAGAAGAGGAGGGGUAAAACGAUUACAAGGAUGUAGAAAGGAUGGAUGAUUUCAGUCUUCCUCAGAAAUGGCCCCAGUGGGGACCUGCAUUUGCUGCAAUCAGACUUUUUUGUAAUAUGUUGUAUUCGCAAUAGGAAAAAAGGGCACUGCUAUACCGAAUAGACUUAGUUGCAGUCAUGGGGUAGAUGCACAACGGAGGGAGUAAAUAAGCUCUUUGUGUUUUUGCUGGAAAGAGGUUACAAUUUUACUGUAACAUAGAAGGUUAUUUUCUGGGACGACGACACUGAAAAGCACACGUUAUUCCUUGUUGAUAGACUCAUGUGUAAGUUAUCAUCAGUUACCUUGCUUGCCACUUGUACAUAAUAAUGCCACCAACUGAUGGAACAAAUGCUGCAAUCAAAAUAAGAAAAUAAGAUUUUGGAUUAGCAAUGCAUGAAAGAUGUCUUAAUAUAAAUAGUAAUGCCUUUUGUUUUUUGUGUUUUUUAGAGUUGAGCUCACAUGUACUAGCCAUUUGGCCUCUAAACAAAUCAUGUUUUAUUGGAAUAGUUUUAUUUUCUUUUAAGUAGUAUUGUAUUAAUGCUAUGUAUGCAACAAAUAGGACCGCUUUAUGUACUGUAGUGUCUGUACACAAGGAGGUGCCGCGUCUAUCAGCACUGCAUUGAUUUAAACAAGCCCUCGAAGAAUUGUGCUGCUCGGUUGCUUCAGAACAAAAAUGAAUUGCCACUGAUUUUGGCCUCUUAUCCCUCAAAUCCCAACAAUGAUUUCUUAACAGCAGCCUUGGUGGUUUUUAUCAGGAGAACAAUUCUCCAGACCUUUAUUGACUUUACUGUUAUCACUCCUAGAUAAUUUAGAGACACGAUUAUCACCUCAUCAUCAGCCUCUGACGACAAUGUGUUUUCCAAAAUGUGUGCUUGCUCGUCUGUAGGAAGAUUACUUUUACAUAAAAGUGGGCCUCAGCCUUACUGUUAUAGUUUCCCCCCCCUCACUGAAAGUAAUGAAAAUUGUGUGCAAUGACGCCCAAUUAGUCCAUUGAUAGAGGCUUGUAUGAACUAAACUCCUGUAUGGCAAUCGACUCACUUGAGGUGAAAAGAGUGAGUAAAAAACCUGACAAUUUAACUUCAACAAAGACCAUGUACUCCAAAAUCAUCCUUUUUAUUAUUUAUUGAGGAUACCCAGGACCUGUAAAUGACCGUGAUGUUGAGCAUAAAAAGUACCUGCAUUUACAAUAUUUGUAAUAAACAGGGUUACAUGUAGAGCUGA